UCGAGCUCCCCGGCACAUGCAGAACUCACAUGUAGGUUGGCUUCGCGGACGCACAGCACGGUCGAAUAAGCACAUCUAACCGAGCACUAGAUACCCUCCAAUGAAAAUGCACGCCGCAAUAAAGGAGGGAGAGAAAACGAAGGAGUUCGUGAGAGACACUGUGAGUUAGAUAAACCCCCGCCAGGCGGGAACAACAGACCGUUAAUGGGUCCUUAAAGGUAGUCACAUUUCCCAGUCGCCUGAAAACGUGAUUGAUAUGCUCCAGGAAGGGUGUGCGUCGGCUGGUGCGGAUGUCGAGUUUGGCAGUCCUGCCUCGCAGAUGUAGAGUCUAGGUUUACUUUGAAUACAGCGUUCGUGUUGCAGAAGCGUGAUAUUACAACGGCAAAGCAACCUUAGAGCAGACAGAGACCUAACAGCGUCCAGGUAGCACCGAACCGAAAAAAACCCCCUCUCUGCGCACCUGACUCCGCACUGGACACUUCUCCGUGGGGUGUACUUUAAAUCGACCGGCUGGUACAGUUGCCUCAUGCCCUAUACUCAGUUCUCACCUGUAUGCUUUAGGCACCGGUAUUUCAUGACUCUUUCACCUGUUUCGACUCGGUUUUUGCCCUUACUGAGAAGCCAAGAGUGACUUGAAGGUAGUCAUUUACAGAAACUCGGAACAAAGCAUAUCAAGGAUGGAUAGCAGUCCUGGAGGUGUUAUACUGUACGCUGGUUCCAGUGGCAGUGCCACCCCGAGCCCAGACAGCCCAUCCAGCGGAUACCAGACCCAGUCUCCAUCCUCCCAGCCCUCGUCCCCGGAGGAGGUCACCUUCACUGAGAUCGGCGCCCUAAAGCAGCGGCCCGGUGUGGCCGCCCUCGCCUCUCCCAAGCUGGUCUUCCAGUUCCCCGAGAUCUACAGCAGCUCCACGGCGGCCUCCAGCCAGCACGCAUAUUCGCCGCCCAGCUCCAGCAAGAGGCCAUGCAGUGUCACCGGCACCUUCACCAAAACAGGAGGUAUGGUCUUGCUGUGUAAAGUGUGCGGAGACAUCGCGUCGGGGUUCCAUUACGGCGUGCACGCGUGCGAGGGCUGCAAGGGCUUCUUCCGCCGUAGCAUCCAGCAGAACAUCAGCUACAAGAUGUGCGUCAAGAACGAGAACUGCCUGAUCAUGCGCAUGAACCGCAACCGCUGCCAGCACUGCCGUUUCAAGAAGUGCCUGGCCGUGGGCAUGUCCCGGGACGCUGUUCGUUUCGGCCGCAUCCCCAAGCGUGAGAAGCAGAGGCUGCUGGACGAGAUGCAGAGCUACAUGAACAGCCUGAAUGAGGCGGCCAGUGAACACGCAGCCCCCUCGCCUCCCUGCGAACCCCCAGCCAGCCCCGCGCAGAGCCGGCCCAAAGACGCCAUCAGCUCCAUGGCCAGGGCCUACCAGGACAUCUUCCCGGUCGGUCCGGAGCACCCGACGAAGAGGCCGGCUGGGGUCCACGCCGGCGGCAGCGCAGCAGCGUCCUUUCAGAGCACCGCCGCUCCGGAAAGCAACGUCGCCCGCGCUAGCCCACCGACCGCAUACCACCCUGGGGCCCUUAUGGGCUACGCGCGACCCGCCCACAACGACAGCAAGGGCCCAGUGCCGGUGCUGGACAGUGGCUACGUCUACCCUCCCUGUUCCAGCCAGGACAGCUACAGCUGCAGUUACCUGGCUGGCGAGAGGCACGCUCAGACUUCAUGUGCAUGGAAGCAGACGGCAAGCUCCAAAGUGCUGGCCUGUCCUCUGAACGCCUGCCCCGUGUCGGCGCCGGGGGUUUCCAGCCAGCAGGUGUGGGAGUCUUUCUCUCAGUGCUUCACCCCCGCUGUGCGUGAGGUGGUGGAGUUUGCCAAGGGCAUACCAGGCUUCCAGGACCUAUGCCAGCACGACCAGAUCAUGCUGCUAAAAGCGGGCACCUUCCAGGUGCUGAUGGUGAGGUUCUGCUCCCUGUUCAAUGCGAAGGACAGGACGGUGACGUUCCUGAGUGGGCAGACCUACCCACUGGGCACACUGCGGGCACUGGGUAUGGGCUCACUGCUCCACGCCACGUUCGACUUCUGCGAGAAGCUGGCCGCUCUCGGCCUGGAGUCCGACGAGAUGGCCCUCUUCAUGGCGGUUGUGCUGGUCUCAGCAGAUCGGACGGGUGUCUCCGACGUGGCAGCGGUAGAGCAGCUACAGGAGGGCCUGACGCGGGCGCUGCGCGCCCUGGUGACUCGCCGUCGUCCAGACGACGGCACGCUCUUUCCCAAACUUUUGCUGCGUCUGCCAGACCUGCGCACCCUCAACAGCCUGCACUCAGAGAAGCUACUGGCCUACCGCGUUGACCCCUGAGUGGCCCGACCUGCACCCACAAGCCAUGACCAGCACGGACUGGCCGAUCGUAGAGGGGUUUCUAUGGGAACAUUUUAAUCGUCUUGUGUGCCACAGAGAGAGAGGAAGGGGUCAUAGUGUAAAGGUAGCUGCCGCAACGCAAGGUCUGCGCCGAGACGAGCCACCACUUUAGAGGCGGUGUCUCUUUACACACUGUCCAGUGACUCUCAGCACGCUAAGGUUUCCCAGUGGGCACUGCUUUGCAGAGGACAAGAUUUCCUAUUCAUAUUCUCAGUAAUCAGCUUAAUUGAUAGUCCUAGUGCUGUUUUGCCAAGGAACUUUUUCAACACCAAAAGAGCGAGUUGGUCUCCUGUUUGGACCAUUUAACAUCGGUCCAUCUCUCCAGCACACUCCUUCAGCCUGCAACUAAGGUUAAAGGUCAAAACAGGGACCAUCAAAAGCUGAGAGUGCUUGUAAAUGUGCGUGCCAGUGUGCAAGAGGAAAAAAACGACCAUGUACAUAACACAGAUUUCACUCAUGUCACAUAAAACUCCAGUUAUUUAGCAUGUAUGUAUCCUGUAUGUUAGUGUGACCGUAACAUUAAAUGGCACAGUUUUAAUGGUAAGAGUAAGCACAAGCACUCAAGUUACCACUUUAGCUCUUUGAGGAGUUUGAAACAAAUGGAUGGAAUUAAUGUAAUUCAGGAUAAUAUAACACAGGAGUGUUAUAUCAGUUCAUUGUUUUCUGUGUAGUUGCAUCCAGUACAUUUAUUGUCAUUAAUGUUCACCAUGAUGGUGUAAACAAAAUCCCAGGAGUUAAAACCAGCAGCCACCAAGUAUGUUGAGUUUUUUAAUCACUUAUUUUUCACUUUUUCUUGCUACAAAUAUUGUACAGUAACAUUCAGUGCAAUGGACUGGGAUAUCAGAGUCAAAAGGGUUCACAUCAGAGUUUCUAGAGAGUUCUGUCCGAGAGGUGGGGGUCUGGGUGCUGUUGGAAUGGUUUCUGAUCAAGCGUGUGCUUGUGGAAAAGGAUGCACCGUAGGUUCGCUGAAGUACUGAAAUAACAGAUUUUACUGUCACCAGCAGAGUCCUCUCACAGCCUUUACUGAGACUGAGAGGGUUAAUAAUAUGAUUGGACUGGCACAAAAGUCAUUUAAUGGGCUGAGAUUCUUGAUGGUUGCUAAGGUAAUGUUAUAUGAUCAUGCUAGUGUAUAUUUUGUAAACUGUACUAUUCCACAUAAAUGAUAUAAAUAUGAGAUUAUCUAUUUGGUGUU